AUGCGACUUAAUGAUGAGCAAGUCACCUUCAGUGUUUUUGAAUCUAAUCAAUGCAAGGAAAAAAAAGAAUGCCAUAUUAUCGAUGUGCUAGAUGAUCUAAUUGAGAAAGAAUUCAAUGACCAAAGCACAAUACUUUCUGAAGAGUUUGCAGUGACAUUUGAUGCCGAGUCCUCAAACGAUUAUGAUAGUAAUCACAAUACUCUCCUAGUUGUUGUCUCUGCAACACUAGAUGUAACUCAAGAAGAGAAAAUGAUCAAGUUGGAAGAUGAAGGUAAGAAAUCAAUUGAACAGCAAAGAAGAUUAAACGAGAAGAUGAAGGAAGUUGUCAAGAAGGAAAUCAUAAAAUGGCUUGAUGCUGGAAUUAUUUACCUGAUUUCUGAUAGCAAUUGGGUAAGUCUAGUGCAAAGUGUACCUAAAAAGAGUGGCAUUACUGUGGUUCACAACGAUAAGGACGAAUUAAUUCCUACAUGCAUUCCUAUGGGAUGGCUAGUUUGUAUGGAUUAUCGCAAAUUGAAUGCAGCCACAAAGAAGGAUCACUUCCCACUUCCUUUUAUUGACCAAAUGCUGGAUCGGCUUGCUGGAAAUGCUUUUUAG